UUUAUUAUUAAAGCGUCUGUCUGAAGUUCACUAUUUGUGGGCGGGUCAAAUUUCACAGUCAGAAUGUCGGACAGACUCCCAAUAGACAGGGUAGGCUCUGCUCUGCGGGUGUUCGCCCUGCGUCUGGGCCCAGGUCAGGAGCUGCUCUCCUCUCUGCUGGCUUUUGUGGAGGAGAGGCAGCUUAAAGCACCCUUCAUCAUCACAUGUGUGGGGAGUGUCACCAAGGCAACGCUGCGACUGGCCAACGCCUCCCUAGAGAACACCAAUGAGGUGGUGUGUCUGCAGGAGCGCUUUGAGAUUGUGUCUCUGGUCGGCACGUUGAACACAGAGGCCCAUCUGCACAUCUGCCUGGCUGAUAAAGAGGGCCGGACCAUCGGAGGUCAUGUGCUGGGUGACCUGGAAGUGUUCACCACAGCAGAGCUGGUUGUAGGCGAGGCCUCUGACCUCCACUUUACUAGAGAGUUGGACAGCAGGACCGGCUUCCCUGAGCUAGUCAUUCAAAAGCGUUCGGAGCAGAUUUGACAUGACGUGUGAAAGUAUAAACUCACAGAAAUUAUAAACUCACAGCACUGUGCUUUUCUUGUG